GACCUAUCUAAUUUUCACUUAAUUUUCUUUGUUCACAGAAAUAAUAGAACCCCGUAAAAAAUCUAUCCCCAAACGUGUGGUCUUUUCCCUUUUGUUCUCAUCUAUAGACUGUUGCAUAAAGUUGGAAUCUUUUUCGCUCCAAAGUCCUAACCUUUUCCCUCGUUUUCCCUCUUUCUGAGUGGGCAUCACCUUCCCCGACCUUUCUCCUGUUCUUGGCUUGUAGUACUGGUAGUACAUACUAAUUAGAUUUCUUGUGAAAUUCUGUGUGAUUCCUCGUUUUUUAAGUAAUUUUGUCCGAUUGUCCCGUACCUUUUUAUCUUUCCACAUAAAUUUGCUUGGUUGAACUCUUCCAUAAAAGUUCUUCUUGAAUCUUGCGAGUUAUUCUAUCUAGACUCGUAAAAUUUUGUGCAUUUCAUUGGUUACAUCACUUUCUCACAGAUACUCUCUGUCAUCCAUUAGUCCUUGGUGAACCUUAUCUUAGCAAAAUCUUAGCUUUUUUUUCUUUUAUUUUCGCCUCCGAAUUCAAGACUGUGUUUAACCAUCAUAUGCUGUGAAUUUUCUUUCUUUUUUGAUGCAAUGCCUCCUACAUGCUUCCCCUUGAGGUGGGAGAGCACUGGAGAUCAGUGGUGGUUUGCAUCCCCAAUUGACUGGGCAGCUGCCAAUGGUCACUAUGAUCUGGUCAGAGAGCUCCUUCAUCUUGACACCAAUCUACUAAUCAAACUUACGUCUCUUCGUAGAAUUCGCCGCCUCGAAACUGUGUGGGAUGAUGAGGAAAACUUUGACGAUGUUGCCAAAUGUAGGUCCCAAGUUGCUAGACAACUCCUGCUCGAGUGUGAAACCAAGAAAGGCCAAAAUUCCCUGAUCAGAGCUGGCUAUGGUGGUUGGCUUCUUUAUACUGCCGCCUCAGCUGGAGAUGUUGGAUUUGUCAAAGAAUUGUUGGGUAGAGAUCCCUUUUUGGUGUUUGGAGAAGGAGAAUAUGGUGUUGCUGAUAUACUCUAUGCUGCUGCCAGGAGUAAGAACUCGGAGGUUUUUAGGCUACUGUUGGAUUAUUCUCUCUCGCGAAGGGAUUCUGUAAAUGGUGGACAGGAAGUGGAGGUGCAGCCACAAGAAGUUUCAUCUGUUUUCAAGUGGGAAAUGAUGAAUAGGGCCGUUCAUGCUGCUGCAAGAGGAGGCAAUGUGGAGAUGUUGAGAGAACUUCUUGUGGACUGUUCAGAUGUUUUGGCUUAUAGAGAUGCUCAAGGUUCUACUGUCCUGCAUACAGCCUCUGGCAGAGGCCAGGUUGAGUUGGUUAAAAGUUUACUAGUAUCCUAUGAUAUGAUCAAGUCCACUGAUAAUCAAGGGAACACUGCGCUAAAUGUGGCUGCCUACAGGGGUCACUUAGCUGUUGUGGAGGUUCUUGUAUCUUCAUCUCCCUCAACCAGCUCAAUGAAGAAUAAUUAUGGAGAUACUUUUCUUCACAUGGCAGUGGCAGGCUUCAGAAGCCCGGGAUUUCGAAGACUAGAUCGACAGAUAGAGCUUAUGACGCAGUUGGUACGUGGCAAACUUGCUGCUAACAUAGAAGAUAUUAUCAAUGUCAGGAACAAUGAUGGUAGAACUGCUCUUCACAUGGCAGUGAUCGAGAACAUUCAAUCGAAUUUGGUGGAACUCCUUAUGUCAGUACCUGGAAUAAAUUUAAACAUCCGGGAUGCUGAUGGCAAUACCCCAUUGGAUCUCCUCAAACAGCGACCCCAGUCAGCAUCUUCUGAGAUAUUAAUCAAAAGGCUGAUUUCUGCUGGAGGAAUUUCAAAUUGUCAAGACCGUAGGACAAGAAAUGCACUCGUUUCUCAUUUGAAAAUGCAGGGUAUUGGAGGCAGUCCAGGAACAUCGUUUAGAAUUCCUGAUGCAGAGAUAUUUCUGUACACUGGAAAUGAAAAUGCAUCUGAUGCAGGAACUGAUAUUGCAAGCACAGAGUAUGACAUGCGCUCAGGUGAACUAAGUUAUUGUGGUUCCGCUGCUGGGUCCAACUCAUAUAAGACGAAGUCUGGUUCUGUAAAUAGUGCUGCAAGGCACCUGAAGCUACUUCUCUACUUCCCUAGGAGGAAAGCGAGAAAAACGGAAGAGAAUGCCAACUUGGAAGAGAAUGCUUCUGUCGAAUCAUACAGAAUUUCAAGUCCAGAAGUAAAACCAAUCCCACUUAGGCAGAGAUUUUCAAAAACGACGUCUUCUUUGUCAACAAACAAGAGAAUAGUCGCCAUGCCGAAUAGUCUUCCAAGUCCAUCCACGAAGAAGAAGUUUGCCGCAGGGCUAAUGCAUGGUGUCAUACAGGUAAAGAGGCAUUUAUCUUUUGCUGCGCCUUCAAGUCCCUUCUCUGAAUCUUCCUGGUCAUCUCCAAUAUCUACUGAUGGAGAAAGGGAAUUAAACCAUGGAAAUGGUCGUUCAUCACUCUCCGGCUUCAACCAUUCACCCAAGAUGGAUAAAAUGAAAAUGAAGCGCCUCCAGUCAUCGUUUAACGUGAAGAUGAUGAACCAGUAUUUGUGUUUCGGAGCUCAAGGUCUAGCUGCGGAUGAUUCAACGAGCUCUACACAGCAAGGUGAGACUCGCAAGAAUCCAGUUCAUUGAUGAGUUUGUCUUUGUACAAGUGCUUUGGUAGAGGACCCUUUACUCAGUAGUCGGGAAGUUACAUUUAACCCUGUAAAUGCUUCAUUUCAUGCUCAUAUCUGCUGUUACUGAUUUUUGUAGCUUGCCUAUAUUCAAGCAUGUUUGAUCCUCCAUUUUCUCC